AUGGGUGAAGAAAGAGAUGUUUCUGAUACCACCUCCCGAUUUGAUCGGCUAGGAAUUAGUUCUCCCCGCCUGGGAUCGCUAGAGGGGACCCAUUCACCACCUAUAUCUACUGCCCAUGGCCAGUUGAGCAGUGAUAUUCAAGCCCGCAUAAUGGCCUUUCAACAGAAACGUCAAAACAUUCCUCUAAAAGAACCGCCAAGCAAGCCUCUUCCACCUCUUCCCAAUGCACCUAUAAGAUCAUCAUCGGCAGUUGAAUCCGUGAAGCAGCCUUUGCUAGCAUCUCCUCUGAUGGAAGCACUGACCCCAACUUCUCAAGGCUCUCCUCAAAAUGUUACUCCUACUUCCACUCAGCAACAGGGUUUGUCAAAAAAACCAUCCUUGUCACAAAGACGGGGAAUGAAACUUAACAUGAAUGAUUUGCUGGGCCAAAAUUCAGAUGCAGCACCUUCCACUGGCGUAGAGCUUGCCCGUCGACUCUCGGAGAGAAAGCGCCCAGACAUGAAAUUGAAUUUAAAUGACCAAGGCAGUGGCAUCUCUAGUGCGCCAGUUACAGCUGCUGAAAAGGCACAAGGGAAAUCUAUCGAUGACGAACCUAAGUUGCAAGGACUUUUUGCGAAUUACUCCAAAUACGUGGAUAUUAAGUCAGGGUCGCUUAAUUUCGCCGGAAAAGCAUCAUUGCAUUCUGAAGGCGUUAAUUUUUCUUCCGGUUCAUCCUUCCACAUCUCUUUAGAUGAAUUACAAUUUAUUGAGGAGUUGGGCCGUGGAAAUUACGGAACAGUGUCAAAAGUUUUGCAUAAACCUACAGGAGUUUUAAUGGCAAUGAAAGAAGUCAGACUUGAGCUUGAGGAAAACAAAUUUACUCAAAUCUUAAUGGAAUUGGAGGUUUUGCACAAGUGUAAUUCGCCAUAUAUCGUUGACUUUUAUGGCGCUUUCUUUGUCGAAGGUGCUGUUUACAUGUGCAUGGAAUACAUGGAUGGCGGGUCUCUUGACAAAGUCUAUGGCGAUGGCGUUCAUGACGAAGCAUGUCUCGCUUAUAUCACUGAAUGUGUCAUCAGGGGCUUGAAGGAGUUGAAGGACAAACAUAAUAUUAUUCAUAGAGAUGUGAAGCCAACCAAUAUUUUAGUGAACACCAUGGGAAAAGUCAAGUUGUGUGAUUUUGGUGUCAGCGGGAAUUUGGUUGCUUCGUUGGCGAAAACUAAUAUUGGGUGCCAGUCCUACAUGGCCCCUGAACGAAUCAAGACUUUGAACCCUGACGAUGCAACAUAUUCAGUGCAGUCCGACAUUUGGUCCUUGGGAUUAACAAUUUUGGAGAUCGCAGCAGGUUGUUAUCCCUAUCCGCCUGAAACAUAUGACAAUAUUUUUCUGCAACUUAGUGCCAUUGUGGAUGGUGAGCCACCGAAAUUAGAUGAUUCUAUUUUUUCCAAAGAAGCCCAAAUGUUUGUCAAAUCCUGUUUAAACAAGAACCCCGCAUUACGUCCUCAUUAUGAUGUGCUUUUGAAAUCACCGUGGUUAACACGGUACAGAGAUAUCGACCCGCACAUGGGUGACUUUGUCAAAGAAGGGUUGAAGAGGGCCAAAGAAGAAACAGGCGAAGCCAGAUCAACCAAACCAGCAACAGGUAAUGUUGCCGUUGCUGGUGCCGCGUUCUCUGGAAGAGAAAAUGUGCAAAGCUUACUCAAGAAUAAGGUGGCUGCACCUGCUUUACACAGGGGUGGUUUGCACAACCAGAGAUUGCGCCGGUAG